GUCUCUCGCCUAUACACUACUAAACGAGAGAACCUAGCUUUUAUCAUUUUGAUUUCCCUCUUCAAAGUCGAACCUAUACCUUUUCUAUUUUCUUUUGAAUUUGAACCCUAUGGGUGUGAUGGGCUUGUUUGUGGAUCCAAAGGGGCUUGUUUGACGAAGACGUGUAGGUUCCAGUUUCUUCUUCAAUCUCCUUCUAGAUUUUUUUUUCUUUCAUUUUCUGCUCUCUCUCGAUUUGGAUCUCUCAAUGAAUCCAUACAACAAGUUUGUUCGCUCUCUCUAUUCUUUUCUCUAUUGUUAUUAUUUUAAAAAAAAUUAUUGUGUUUAUUUUUCUUUCAAAUACUGAUUUUUCACUCAUGCUUAAGGCAUAUAUAUAUCCCUUGGUUUUUUAGAAUACUUUUCCUUAUGCGAGGCUGCCUUUUUACCUUCAUGUAUGUUGACUGAAGGUCCUACGAAUACUAAGGUAAUUUCUAGAUUUUUUUUAACUUUUUUAAUUUUUAGCUUUACAUAUAUAUCAUUUAUAUGUGAUUUAUCUUAGUUUUGACCCAUGAUAUGGUUUUGUUGUAGAAGAUGUAGAGAUUUCAAUAACCCUAAAACUCAAACUAUUAGGGGUUUGAAUUUUCUCACUCAAAAAACAAGGUAAAUAAUCUUUUUGAAUAUCUUAAUGCAUCAAAAUAACAUUGAUUUACAUUUUUCCUAACAAUAUUUACUCUUUUAUUUUUUUCUUCUAUAUUUUAUUUCAGAUUUUUCUUUCAAAUCCAUGGAGUCUCUUUAAUUUGUCAAAAUUAAAACAGUUGUACUAGUUAAUGAUUUUGAAGUUUACAUUCUCUACCGUGAAAGUAUUUUUUAUUAUUAAUAUUUUCAUUUGGCAUUGUUGUAUAUUUUUUUCAUUUUUUUUAGUAAUGGUUUUUGGUUUGAUAAUAUAGUGAAGGAUUUAGGGGAAAACACUACAAGCAUUAAUGGGGGCUUCGUUGUGGGAAUUGUUCCGAUCUUUCUCUGACAUGGAUUCCAAAGACCUUUCGGCAACUAUGAAGGAAUUAUUAGGAUGCAGCAACAAAGCCACAACAUGGCUUCCAGGAAGCAAGAGUAUUUUAGAGGUCCACCAUAGAAGUUGCCACCUCAACAUUAUUAAUCAACAUAUUUUUGAGUUAAAUUGGCAUGGGCUACUGAUUGUAGUUGGACCUUUAUUUCAUGAGUUGAUCCAUAUGUUAGCAAAAGACAAGAAAAAGAAGGGAAGAAAAGUAGCUAGCACGCGGGGAAGGAGAAAGAAUGCCAUAAUAUCAUAUAUGAUUAUCCUUCCACUUUUUCAUUUAUAUAUACGAUCAUCCGAAGAAAAGGGGAGGCCUGGAACUUUUGGGCAGCCAUUAGAGAGAGAAGUAGAGAACGAAGAAGAAGAAAAGGAAAAAGAAAGAAGAGGAAUGAGAUUCAAAGAGGAUAAGAAGAGAACCACUUAGGGACACCUAUUGGGGGUUGAUUUUCUCAUCAUUCUCUUAGUAUUUAAUUUCUUUUCUUUUAUUUUUCUUGACAAUGUUUGCAUUUAUUAUUAGUAUUUUGGAUAUUUUAUUUAUGUGGUGAACUUUUUAUAGCUAGAAUUGUUAAUGAAUCCUAAUGUUUGAUUUUGGAACUUUGUUAAUGGUGUUAAUGUGAAAUUGAGUUUCGUUCAUCCAAAUGAUUUUAAUGUUAUUUACUUGUUUUUUUUUGGCCAUAAAUUGUGAGUAAUUGAGUUAACUUUUAAUAUCGAAAAGGUUAA